AUGGCGUCGAAGAAGGACCAGCGCAGGCCUGAUCUGGUGAUCCCCUACCAGGAGCCGCUGUCCAAAGGCGACAGCCCCGAGCUCUCGUCCACUCUCUCCCAGACACUGCCCAUGGCAGCGAUCUUCAUGCGCAACCGCUACAUUGGAUGGGCGGCCGUGGUUUUCAGUGUCCAGAACUGGCUGGGCGAGAGCGAGGACAGCCAGAAGAGCAACAGCACACCCGGUUACUUCUCCGUCGGCAUGUCGCUCAUGUCUCUGAUCGUCACAUACCUGCCCAUGUUCCUUCCUCCUCCACCCGGCACGCAACGAGCGACAGGAACUGAGGCUGCGCCACCAGUCCCCCCUUCAUAG